UCGCCCCCCGCCCCCCCCCGCGCUCACUCGCACUCACACCCCGGCGCUGGAGGCGGGCGGCCCGGGCCCCACCGGCCCCCCAUGGACGCCCCCGGCACGGGGCGCUGAGACCCCAGCGUCGUCGCUCAGCUCGGUCCAGCGCGCCAAGCCGAGGUGUCUCCAGACAGUACGAGACUCUGAAGACUGCCCAGCCCCUAACCCAGCUGCAUUUACCAACCGAGCUUGCCCCUAGCUCACCCACCUGCCACUCCCUGGCCCCUCCCACCACCCGCCCUCACCCCGCUGGGGUACAGGGCAUGGUGUGAAAGGCUGAGUACAGAGGCGGGCACCAUGGGUGCUGUACCCUAGGGCCUGGGUGGCGGGGGGUGGGUGGCCUGUGGGCGUGGGGGGGGCAGUGUGCCCACCCCAGUCUCUUGGCGUGCUGGAGGGCAUCCUGGAUGGGAUUGAAGUGAAUGGAACAGAAGCCAAGCAAGGUGGAGUGUGGGUCAGAGCCAGAGGAGAACAGUGCCAGGUCACCAGAUGGAAAGCGAAAAAGAAAGAACGGCCAAUGUUCCCUGAAAACCAGCAUGUCAGGGUAUAUCCCUAGUUACCUGGACAAAGACGAGCAGUGUGUCGUGUGUGGGGACAAGGCAACUGGCUAUCACUACCGCUGUAUCACCUGCGAGGGCUGCAAGGGCUUCUUUCGCCGCACAAUCCAGAAGAACCUCCAUCCCACCUAUUCCUGCAAAUAUGACAGCUGCUGUGUCAUCGACAAGAUCACCCGGAACCAGUGCCAACUGUGCCGCUUCAAGAAGUGCAUCGCCGUGGGCAUGGCCAUGGACUUGGUUCUAGACGAUUCCAAGCGGGUGGCCAAACGCAAGCUGAUUGAGCAGAACCGGGAGCGAAGGCGAAAGGAGGAGAUGAUCCGAUCGCUGCAGCAGCGGCCGGAGCCCACUCCGGAAGAGUGGGAUCUGAUCCACGUUGCGACGGAGGCCCAUCGCAGCACCAAUGCCCAGGGCAGCCAUUGGAAGCAGAGGCGAAAAUUUCUGCCGGAUGACAUUGGCCAGUCACCCAUUGUCUCCAUGCCCGACGGAGACAAGGUGGACCUAGAGGCCUUCAGCGAGUUUACCAAGAUCAUCACCCCGGCCAUCACCCGUGUGGUGGACUUUGCCAAAAAACUGCCCAUGUUCUCCGAGCUGCCUUGCGAAGAUCAGAUCAUCCUACUGAAGGGGUGCUGCAUGGAGAUCAUGUCCCUGAGGGCAGCUGUCCGCUAUGACCCUGAGAGUGACACCCUGACACUGAGUGGGGAGAUGGCGGUUAAGCGGGAGCAGCUCAAGAAUGGCGGCCUGGGUGUAGUCUCUGACGCCAUCUUUGAACUGGGCAAGUCACUCUCUGCCUUUAACCUGGAUGACACGGAAGUGGCUCUGCUGCAGGCUGUGCUGCUCAUGUCAACAGACCGCUCCGGCCUGCUUUGUGUGGACAAGAUCGAGAAGAGUCAGGAGGCGUACCUGCUGGCGUUCGAGCACUACGUCAACCACCGAAAACACAACAUUCCGCACUUCUGGCCCAAGCUGCUGAUGAAGGUGACUGACCUCCGCAUGAUCGGGGCCUGCCACGCCAGCCGCUUCCUCCACAUGAAAGUCGAGUGCCCCACCGAACUCUUUCCCCCACUCUUCCUGGAGGUCUUUGAGGAUCAGGAAGUCUAAAGCCUCAGGCGGCCAGAGGGUGUGCGGAGCUGGUGGGGAGGAGCCUGGAGAGAAGGGACAGAGCUGGGGGCUGAGGGAGAACCCCCCCACCUCUUCUCUCCUUCCUCCCAUCCUUGGAUAGAUGCAGCUCCCACACACCCCUGCACUGCCCAGUCCCCUCAGAACCUCCAGCCCUCGGACAGGGCAACAAAUGAACUUGCUAUGAAAGACAGUCUGGGAGGCUGGAACCUAAGUCCUAGAGUUUCUGGGAUCCCAACCUCUAAGAAAGUAGGGGAAGGGAGGAAGAACUAAGAGGGACAAGCCAUCUUGACUAUAGGGUCAGGAGGAAUGAGGAAUAGGGGCAGAUGCCCUUACUCACCCCUAUACACACAGGAGAGCCCUGCCAAGUUCCUUGGCCUAAAUUUCCCAUCAGGCCACAGGCCUCUACUUCCCCAAAUACCUGGGUCCUGGGUGCAAAGGACAGCUUGGCUUGGUUUGGCUCCUCCCCUGGAGGCUAAAAAUGGUAGUCAUCCUAACUGCACUUUGGAAACCAAGCAAGGGGAGAAUAUAAA